AUGGACUGUCUCCCACUCCAAACGUCCCCGGGCCUCCCUCUACCAAAACUGCCCCCAUCACCCCCAGCAGACCUACCAACUUCACAAGAGAAAGACAGAGACAGCAUGGGUCUCACCAUCCUUGACGAUUUCAGCGACGACGACACUCUCUCCAAAAUCCACACAAAACUCGAGCACCUCGCGCACAUCUACAACUCGGGAAAACCCCUAUUCCCCCGCCAUCUUCUUGCCGAUUUAAAUACGCAGAUUGACCAGGGAAAUGAGGAAGUCCACAUUGAUGACCUGGAUGAUGUGAGCCAUACGUACAGCCUGAAGGUUCCAGCUUGGUGUGCGGAUUUUGCCACAACCUACCGUAUUGGCUACAGCAGCAUCCAAAAUCUCACAUGCAUCCACCCGUCUUUUCCCGAAAUAAGCCUGCGCGACAACAGUCCCGUCUCUAUCUGCUAUACCUCGUCGGCAGAUUUCUACCCCAGGGCUCCACUCGACGAAGUUGAGCGCAAAUACGCGCAAAGCGUGGAGAGAUGGGAAGAGAGCGAGACGUGCCGGACGCUCGUGGCAAGUUUGGAGAAGUUGAAGGCCAGUGGCGCACUGGGUAGGUCUAUUAGGAAGAUUGUGGGAUUUGGGCUGGGGAGUCUGAGCUUUUUGGAGGAUGAGUAUCAUUGUGCCAGAGCGCAUGCGCAGCAUGCGGCUGUUCGGACGAUGGCUAAAGCUUUGAAAGCGAGUCUUGGAGCGAGGGGGAUGAAUGGAAAUGGCAAUGGGUGUUUGGAAUUCACGACAAAUGGGAACGGCAACAGAGACAGGGAUCUAAAUGGUGGUAGUGGCAAGGAUUCAGGGAUGGAGGUGGAUGGCGACGAGGUCAGAUGCUACGCACAGGAUCCAGCUUACAAUGAUGUCGACCAGGCACUACUCCGGAGUAUUGGGAUUGAGCCGCUUGAUGACCCAAAAGGGUUUCUGGAAAUUGAUGAAGACACCCUCGUUUUCAGUGUCAGUCCCAAUGUGCCCGUCAAGCAGGUUGUCGCAGAUGUACAGUGGCCUGGGGCGAUGAUUUGGAAUACGGUCAGCUUGGAAGAGAAGGAAGCGCGGUGGGAGAAGAAAAUGCGCGACGGGGAGGAAUUUUGGGUUGUGCCGUUUACAACUGAUCCGGAUUCGCAGCGGGUGAGGAAUAUGGCGCAGCAUUACACAAGCGUACCUCUGCACGACUCUGACGAGUAUCUCGGUGAUUUGGCUAUUUACGUCAGAUGA